AUGUCUCAAAGCGAGAAGAUGGGGUGUGUUCAUAGUAAGGACCCGGCCCAAGACGGACCAGGGAAUUCAAUCGGCGCUGUCAGCACUCUUCGAGGCGCGCAAGCAUCGGGUCAGCAAGCUGAACCUGUUCAGCACCAAGUGGAUCCUUCGCUGGGAGCUGAGUUCACCGCCACCAGAGGACUUGUUAUGAAGGGGAUGACCGUCACGGAUGCCCUCUUCACAGUCGGCUCUCCCAUGCCCCGGACUCAAGAAGCUCCCCGUUCGACUAGAUCCAUGACGGCGAUGGAUAGCCAGGUCAAUAAUGGAGCUUCCGCAGCCGUUGGCCAGUUCGAUUAUGAUGGUAUGGCUCGCUGGGCCCAGGUGCGGGGAGAGGCGCGUGCGAAGGAGCAUGAGGCGCUCGUGAAGUUGCUGGGGGGACAGCCGUAUCAAGUUCACGUUUCAUUCUAA